AUGGAAGCGCCGUCGCUGACUCUGGUAGUUCUGGAGGGCCCUCGCAAAGGCGAGACAUUCGAUUUCCGCCCUGGAUCCACCGUCCGAAUCGGCCGAGUCGUCCGGGGAAACACUUUCGCCAUCAAAGACGCCGGCAUUUCAUCCAAACACCUCGCAAUCAAAUCGGAAUCUGGGAAAUGGACACUCGAGGACCUCGGCUCCUCCAACGGUACGACUCUCAACUCCUCCCAACUCCCUCCUCUUCAACAGCACGACCUCCGCGACGGCGACGAGAUCAAGCUCGGAGAGCUCACUUCCAUCAUGGUCCGACUCCGAGUCGAGAACCAAGAUUCAUCGCCGCCGCAACUUCGAGGCGGGAGGAAGCAGGUUGCUGCUUCGGUUCAAAUCGCACAACCGGAAGCUAGGAUUUCGGCGGAGGCUGAAAACUUGUCCCCAAGCGUUCCGAAAAGAGGGAGGCAAAGGAAAGCUAGGGUUCCGGUAUCUCAAAACACGGAGCCGCCUCUGCCGGGCGUUGGUAGGGUUACCCGUAGUAAGAAGAAUGAACCAGAGCGCUCGACUUCUGAUUGCGUCGAGUCAGGGCUUCCAGAGAAAAAGAGGAAUGCGCCAACAAGAAAGGGAAGGAAAAAGGAGCCAGCACCGCCGCCGGAGAAUGAUAAUGCUGUUGCUACAGAAAUCAAGGAUGGCCAGGAAUUAAGGGCGAGUUUAGCCAAUGAAGCUCGAGAAGGAGAUGGUAGGAUUAGUGUGGUGGAAAUCAAGCCGAGUUCAGCCAGUGAAGCUCAAGAAGGUGAUGCUAACAGGGUUAGUGCGGCGGAAAUCAAGGGAAAUGAGGAUUUAAGGCAGAACUUAGCUGAAGAAGCUCGACAAGCAGAUGGUUGUGAAGCUGUUGUGGCAGAAACGGAGGAGUUGAUUCAGCAGUUGGAUUCAGAUGAACAACAAUGUGAGGCUCCUACCAAGGAUGGGCCCAAUUCAAAUGAGUACAGAGGGCAAAAGCGUGAGGAGCCUGACCUGGAGAAGAUGACUCUUAGGGACUGGUUCCGAUAUAUGGAAGUGCGAUUGACCAAAGAAACUGUUGAGGCUUCUGAGAAGAUGAUCGAUGAAAUGAGAAAGAAAGCUGUGCGAGUGCAAGAGUACAUGAUUGAGCAGAAGGCGCGGAACAAAGCAUCUUGA